AUGUCCGAGCCUCCAGCAAAUUGGGAUCAACCAGAAGAAGAAAAUUCUUCAUUAUCCUCCGCAGCUAUCAAACUUCGUGCAUUGAAUGUUAAUGCUAUGGAAUUUGUACCUUCCUUUGGUUCUGGAUUUUCACCUGCUCCACAAGCUUCAACUCUUCCUCAACCAAUAGUCUCAAAAGCUCCACCAUCAACACCUAUUGAUACACGAAAUACUAUCGAAGAUGAAAAGAAACAAAAAGAUCCAAUAAUUGAAACUAAUAAAUCAAAUGUCCAACAGCAAGAAGUAAAAGAACAACUUAUCACUACAGAGGCCGUAAAAUAUGAUGAUCUUCCUGAUGAAGACACCGAAAAACUAUUCGAUGAAACAACAACAACAACAACAACAAUGAAUAAAACCAAUACAGUUAAUGCAUCAGCAGUUCCCAAAGAAAAGAAAAAUACUCUUGUUAAACGAGAUAUUAUACGAAAAAAGGAACCUAUCAACAUUGUCUUUUGUGGACAUGUUGAUGCUGGAAAAUCAACCAUUGGUGGACAACUUAUGUUCUUAACAGGACAAGUUGAUAAACGAACAUUAGAAAAAUAUCAAAAUGAAGCACGGGAAAAAUCUCGUGAAUCUUGGUAUUUAUCAUGGGCAUUAGAUACAAAUGAAGAAGAACGAGAAAAAGGAAAAACAGUCGAAGUUGGUAGAGCUUGGUUUGAAACUGAAAAAAAACAUUUUAUUAUUCUUGAUGCGCCUGGUCAUAAAUGUUUUGUUCCAAAUAUGAUUGGUGGUGCAGCACAAGCUGAUAUUGCUAUUCUUGUAAUAUCAGCUCGUAAAGGUGAAUUUGAAACUGGUUUUGAACGUGGUGGUCAAACACGUGAACAUGCUAUGUUAGUUAAAACAGCUGGUGUUCGUUAUUUAGUUGUUCUUAUUAAUAAAAUGGAUGAUCCAACUGUUAAUUGGGAUCAAACAAGAUAUGAGGAAAUUCGUGAUAAAUUAACACCUUAUUUAAAAAAAUGUGGUUUUAAACCUGGUGAAGAUACUUAUUUUAUGCCUUGUAGUGGAAUGAGUGGAGUUUUACUUAAAGAACAUCCUGGUGAACAAUUUUUACCUUGGUAUAAAGGACCAACUUUUAUUGAAUAUUUGGAUAGUUUACCAUCAUUUAAUCGUAAUAUUGAUGGACCUCUUCGAAUGCCUAUUAUUGAAAGAUAUAAAGAAAUGGGUGUUAUUAUAAUGGGUAAAAUUGAAUCUGGAUGUUGUCGUAUUGGUGAUCGAUGUUUAGUUAUGCCAAAUCGAACUCGUGUUGAAGUAACAAAUAUUUAUUAUGAAGAUAUUGAAACAGAUUCAUGUGUAUGUGGAGAAAAUGUUCGAUUAAAACUAAAGAAUAUUGAAGAAGAAGAAAUUUCUCCUGGAUUUAUUUUAUGUGAUGUUGAACAAGAACCAUGUGGUGUUGGAAGAAUAUUCGAUGCACAAAUAGCUAUAAUUGAAUACAAAUCAAUAAUAUGUCCUGGUUAUUCUGCUGUCCUUCAUAUUCAUGCAGCAGCUGUUGAAGUUCAAUUAAUAAAAUUAAUAGUAUUAAUUGAUCGUAAAACAGGUGAAAGAACUCUAAAAUAUCCACGUUUUAUAAAACAGGAUCAAGUCGCAAUAGCGCGAUUUGAAUUAUCACAAUCAGGUCAAGCAAUUUGUAUGGAACCAUUUAAACGUUUUCCUCAACUUGGUCGAUUUACAUUACGUGAUGAAGGUCGAACAGUUGCAGUUGGCAAAGUUCUUAAAAUAAUCGAGUAA